CUAGGGCGACUGUUACUAGCCAGCACGUAUUGAACUAUAACUAUAACAUUGUCAGUAAUGAUUGAGUGUGAACAAUGGUUGUGUAUUAUUGCCUGUCAGUCCUCCACUUCAUUUUGUACAUAAUUAUAGCACUUUGUGUAAGCUAAAUAAUUAUGUUUGUCCUAUUGCAAAAUGCGCAUGCGCAGUAGUAUGCACAUUCCAUGCCGAAUUUUCUCUUAACAAUUUAUGAAUUGAAAAUUCGAAAGAUCGUUGCAGUAAAAAGUAGUAUUCAGGCAUGAGCCCCAACUCUCCAGAAUGACAUUAGUGCACUGGAGACUAGAGUUACUGAAGCAUCUACGAGGACCACUGCUUGGCACGAGAGCUAAAGGAACAAGCUCCAACAAAUGGCUGCACCGACAACAGAAGGAUCCGCUGGUAAAGAGGGCAGUUGUGGAGCAGUAUCGUUGUCGGAGUGCCUACAAACUGAUUGAACUGGACGAUAAGUUCCGCUUCCUAAACAAAGGAGCUGUAGUGGUUGACUGUGGUGCUAGCCCUGGGGCAUGGUCCCAGGUGGCAGCUCAGAGGGUUGACUGUGGUGCUAGCCCUGGGGCAUGGUCCCAGGUGGCAGCUCAGAGGGUGACCACCACCUCAACCAACACUCAAGGUGGGAUGGUGGUGGCUCUGGACAUUCAAGAGAUUGCUGAUCUGCCUGGGGUGCUGGUGAUGGGUGGCAGUGAUGUGACUGACCCUCUAGUACAAGAGAGAGUGAGAGAGCUGUUGGGACGUCGAGGGGCUGAUGUGGUUAUGAGUGACAUGGCUCCUAAUGCCUCUGGUAUACGUGAGAUGGAUCACCAGAAGAUCAUGCAACUAGCUGAGUCAGCACUGGCCUUAUCCCACUCUGUUCUAAAGGAGGGCGGCGUGUUCCUCUGCAAGUUAUGGCAGGGGCCUCUAGCUAAUGUGUUUAGAAGUCGGUUGAAAGCUAACUUCAGCUUUACUAAGGAGUGCCGGUUACAGUCAACUCGACAAAGCUCCUCUGAACUUUUUAUUUAUGCUGAACAAUAUCAUAGCACCUAACUUCACUAGCAAAACCCUUCUUAUCCCUUCUCACUGUUUCGUUGAAAGUUAUUUAUUGUGUACACAUGAUUUGUGAGUGUUACCGCUGUCACAGUGUGUUUAGUUGCCAACAUCUCAGUAUGCAUAAUUAUGUGGCAUCCGUACUCUGCACGCUUGCCACAAAAGGAUUCAAAACCAUAUAAGGUUUGUGGAUAUGAGGUCAGCCUAUUCCAUUACCACUUGUUCUUGCAGUUCAAAGCAUCUCUGUGAGUUGAGCAAAGGCUGUUGCUCUAUCAGCUCUAGCAAAGCAGAAUCAUUACAUAUGCAGUGUAGCUUAUAAUUUCUUUAUUGCUAUAUAGAUCUAGUAAGUUUGUAGCUACUCUACUACUGUUCUUUAGGUGAGCUGACAUGUCGUUGAGACUGCCUCUGUGCUGCUGGAUAUUGUCGGUGCUACUGGGAGGUCCAUGCCUGAGCACUGUUCUUGCACAAGAUACAACAAAUACCAGCAACACUAGUACCACUGCGACCAUCACCCCCACACCCUCCACACUCCCCACACCUUCCACAUCCACCCCCACACUCCCCACACCCUCCACAUCCACCCCCUCACUACCAGCCUCGGACCUAACAGCGUGCAGUACUCCUGUACCCCAGCUGUGUACACCAUCACUCACUACACUUGUCACUGGCAUCAUCGUACUAGUAGCCCUACUGGUCAUCUCUCUCGUGAGCUGUACUGUACUCUUACUCGUUGUCUGCUUGAUAUGCUGUAGGAGGAAAACUAGAGAAACUGAGAUUAAGAAAUACGUGUUUGAAGAGGGUGUUCAACCUCCUGAGUUGUGGGUGGACCCUGAGGAAAUGCAGGAGAAGACUAAUGAGUCCACCAACGUGUGGGAGGAGGCUACCACAUUCACCCCCUCCCCUCACUCCAAGAACACCUCUAUGCCAUUUCCUGAUGCAGUUAAUGGGAACGGAAACAUUCAGUCUGUAUGCGAUAAUGGGAAUGGAAUUUUGCACUCUAAUGGAAAAGAAACUAUUCAACCUGUGCCAGUAGCGCCAGUUAAAGUGAAGAAGAUCUCUCGAUUCCGGCCAAAGAGAAUAGCUCCACCACCUCCGAAAAUGAGCAAACGAAAGAAGCUUCGACGUAACAAGUGUGAGGAUGACAGUGUGGUUUAUGCAGUGCCCUCCCCCUUUUGCAAGCCGGUGGGCGGGGCCAAGAACGGAGGCUAUGAUGUACCCAGAAAGAGCAAGUGGCGUAUACCACACAUCUACAAGGCUAUUGACGUGUCAAAGGUCAACCAACCCAGCCCUUACGCAGACUUGGUCGUCAAACAAUAAAUUUAAUCAUAUGCACUUAAACUUUUAUCUUAUUUUUAUUUCUCAUGUUGUUAUACGUAACUUGCGUUGAUAAAACCAACAAAUUUUUGUCAAACUUUGAA